GCGACAGAAUUAAGGACAGUUUAGUUAGCAGACAUAAUUGAGGACAGGUUGAUCAUGAAGGUAAUCGAACUAUUGAGUAAAGAAGAAAGGUAAAAACAACUCUGAGAAAAACAUAAAUAACUUGGUUAAUAGAAUUUUCAAUAAAAGAUAGAAUGGAUGAAAGAUUAAAACUACAGGACACUGAUAACAGUAGCUGGCGCAUUAUGUACGUUUUAUUAAAUUUUAAACUAAUAUUUAUAUAUUACAAAAUAAACUUAUUGAGAUAGAAAAAAAAACCCAGCGUAAAUUCGCAAAUUUUUCAUGACUCUUCACAACUUCAUCAAAAAUGUACUUAAAAUGCUAUUCUUUAUUAAAAAGGGUGCUAAAAUUGUCCGGUUUUCCUCUGCUCGAUGUUUCAUCCUCUCAAGAAUUGAAGUGGAAAAUUGGGAAAAUUUUUUAUUUAUUUCAGCCAUGGAAAAGGCCGGCAUUUAAAAAAUCCGCGUCUUUUAUAACAGUUUUGUAUAACUGUUUGGUUUUUGUGGCGUCUCGAGAUUCCGCACGAACUUACGUUUUCCAGUGAUUUUCUACAUUCUCCAGGUGUUUUACGCAAUGGAGCUAACACAGAUCCAGUCAGAGUUCGCAAAUAUCCUGAAUGAGUUCAGUGACUUGGUGAAACCCUUGAGGAAUAUUCAAUCUUUCAGAGGAUGUGAAUUCUUCAUGAAUACUCUAAUCAAGAAAAUCCAGUCGUUUCUUGUUGCCAAGGAAGUCUUUACGACUGAUUUCGCGGUGCUUCCUCACGCCAGAGAAGCUCUGAGGGAGAUCAUCAUCUUGCUGGUGGCGAAUAUGGAGGACACCUUGAGCGGCAUCUCUGAGGAUGUGCCCAUCAAGUCCUUGACUGGGAGAUUGCCAGUAAUUUCGCAGAAUCUCUUCUACAUGCUGAUAUGGCAGCUGAAUCUUCAGGACGCCUUCUUGGAAUUGAUUUCCUUCAGUCCAAUUUGCUUGGUCUCCUGUUUGAUGGUGAUCUUUCCUGAUGCAAUGACACAUCUGGACCAGGAAAGGAAUCUGGCCUUUGCGGAGAAGUUCACUGUGGCAGUCUACAGUAAUAUUUUUGAUUCUGAACAUGCAGAUGGUGAUAGUGAAAUUGCCUUGAGCUAUUGCAUGAAAUUCUUGAAAGAUUACUUCAAGUGCGAUAAGGAGGCUUUUCCCAACAUGAAGACGUCUCAGUUUCAUCUGCACUUUGGAGAGAUGAUUAGACACAUGUUGAAAAUUCUCCUGCAAUGCCUGAAAAUCUUCACCACGGCCAAAGACAAGAAGACUGACUGCCCUGAAAUCUUUAUGAAGAUGUUUCAGAAAAAGGACUCAACCGUUAGUGAGGAAACUAGUCCUCUGGAGAAUCCCACUGUGCUGGCUUUCAACGAGAAACUCUUUAAUAUGCUGAAAUCUCUCUCAGAUGGAGUCACUGUGCUUGUGUUUUGUGACUGGAUGGAAGUUGAUGUGAAGCCUGGCGUGACUCUUCAGCGAGAGAUAGGCGACUUGGCGGCGGAAUUGCUGGAGAUACCGAAUGAGGAGAACAACUUGACGCACGAAGUGUUUGCGCAGAUCAAAUUUCUGAAGCCGGAAUCAAAAAACGAGGAGCAGGUGGCCAGUUCGGCCACCAUUAGAGAGAUUCUGGGUCAGCUGGAGACGCUGGUAAUACCAAGAGAAAAGUCUGUGUGGAUUAGCGAGCUGAUAUCGCGCGGAGGACUCGUGCUGGAGAACGAAGAGUGUCUGGAAGCAAUUGAGAGGAACGCAUAUGUGAUGAAUGUCACUGAUUAUAUCGAAGUGGCGCGCUAUGUGCAGAAUUUCAAUCCAGAUACCGAAGAGACUCUGAGAGACAUUCUUCUUUUAGGCACCAAAAAUCUUCCCAUUGAGGAAGCCGUUCAUCUGAUUACAACAGAACUGAUUUACUUGCCCACAAGUACAAUGCAGACGAGCGGAUUCCAGCAGGAGACUCAGAGCUUCCUCAUCGCAAAGAGAUGGACAGAGUCGGGAUACUUGAGACUUCUCGCUCAAAAUCCGCAACUGUUGAUCGAGAAAAUGUCCUUGUGGGUGAUUGAUCACGAGAAGGACAUGAAAAUUGCGCUGAAAUUCUUGCAAAUGACCGAAAAAGUCACUGGAAUGUUUCUGGAGAGUACAAUCAAGAAUCUGAUAACAUUUCCGACACACUCCGGAUCCAGCAGACUCCUGGCAAAUUGGAUUGGUCGUCUGUUCAACUGUGGAUUGCUGAGAAAGAGCAAAAUCGUAAAGAAUCUUUACAAGAAUCUGGUGGAAUUUGUUAAGAAGCGCGAUGAGAAGAGAAUUCUCAGUGCCAUGACAAUAUUUUCCGUGCUCGCGCAGAAGAGCACUUAUGGUGAGGAUUCUGCAAAAGUUCUCCUAAUUGCUGGAAUUGUUCUCAACGGCAGUCGAUGGAGUCUGGAGACGUACACUGAAGAGUUGAAAGAGAUUGUGAGACUGUCUAUCGUAACCAUUGUGGAGACUAUGAAGGACUUUCUCAAGUAUGCUUCAUUGGCGGAAAAGAGCGCCUUGAAUGAAAAAACAUCGGCCUUCUCGCCAUCUGUGGGAUUCUUCUUUCAAAAGCUCAGCCUCAGCAGAUCGACUUCUCCACAGAAUUUCGCAGAGUUCAUCUUUCAGAAGGAUUCACUGGAGAAUGUCCCUCAAGAAGAUCUGGAGAAUAUGCUUUCGCAGAUUAUCAUUCACAUUACUCCCAAAGAAGCCGUGUGGCUGGCCAGCAAUGAGUUCCUGAGGCCUUCCAUUGAAGGUGUUCUGAGAAAGAUUGCCAUUCAUGUAUCCGAAUUGCCUUCGGGCUUGAGAGUGGCACCUGCCAGAUGCUUCCGGAACUGCAUGAUAAACUAUCAGCACGCCUUGGAGAAGAACAUCAUUCCUGAGUUGACGGAGGCGCGGGAUAAGGUGAUUUUCCUGAACAGAUUUCUCGAGCUUCUGGAAGUGAUUCCCCACGAGAUUUACAAUGAAUUCACCCAAAAUAUUUCUGCCGUGAUUUGGCCAGUGUUCAACGAUGCUUUCGAGGACGAAUGCAUUCCUGAUUGCCAUUCUGUACUCAUCGAGCAAAUUACUGCCCUCAGAGACUGCAACUUAAAGAAGAAUUUGCUGCGUGAUUUUCAAGUAUCCGGGCUUCUCUAA